UACCUUAAGAAGUCAUAGUAGCCAAAGCAUGAAUGCUAUGCCGGAUUUAAGUCUUAAAAAAUACAGAGAAUCUGUCCUCUGAGAACACCCAAUUCGUAGCAUUGUCCUUGUCGUUGUCACUCUCUUUGUGCAAAUCAAAACGCGGAGAAACAUAGCAAAGCACAACAGAACUUAUAGGUUGCUGAAUCUUUGUUUAGGGUUUGGUCACCGAAUCUCAACAAUGGCUUCUUCUUUGUUCUUCACUCAUUCCCAUUGCUACUCUUCUUCUACUUCUCUUGUUUUUCGCCUCCACCGUCAACUGGGUGUGGCUCCCACCUCUCUCCGGUUAUCAUCCUCCCAUGUUGCCAACGUUGCUGCCAUGGCUAUGGAUUCUUCUGCUAAGGUGAUUGAUGGAAAAGCUGUAGCGAAGCAAAUCAGAGACGAGAUAACAGCUGAGGUCUCCAGGAUGAGAGAAGCUACUGGUGUGAUUCCAGGAUUAGCUGUAAUUCUUGUAGGAGAUAGGAAGGAUUCUGCAACUUAUGUGCGUAACAAGAAGAAGGCUUGUGAAUCUGUUGGAAUUAAUUCUUUGGAAGCUAAUCUGCCUGAGGAUUCCACAGAAGAGGAAGUUUUGAACUAUAUUUCAGGCUACAAUGAUGAUCCGUCAGUUCAUGGCAUCCUAGUUCAGUUGCCCUUGCCUUCGCAUAUGAAUGAGCAAAACAUCUUGAAUGCUGUUAGAAUUGAGAAGGAUGUAGAUGGUUUUCAUCCAUUAAAUAUCGGCCGUCUUGCCAUGCGUGGAAGAGACCCUCUAUUUGUUCCCUGUACACCAAAGGGAUGCAUAGAGCUACUGCACAGAUACAAUAUUUCCAUUAAAGGAAAGAGGGCUGUUGUGAUUGGUCGGAGCAAUAUUGUUGGAAUGCCAGCUGCUCUAUUGCUGCAAAGGGAAGAUGCUACUGUCAGUAUUGUCCAUUCCAGAACCAGUAACCCUGAAGAGAUCAUAAGACAGGCAGAUAUUAUCAUUUCUGCUGUUGGGAAAGCAAACAUGGUGAGGGGAAGCUGGAUAAAGCCUGGUGCAGUCAUCAUUGACGUUGGAAUCAACCCAGUAGAUGAUCCAAAUAGCCCCCGAGGUUAUAAACUGGUAGGAGAUGUUUUUUACGAAGAAGCCAUACAAGUUGCCUCUGCCGUUACACCAGUCCCUGGAGGAGUUGGUCCAAUGACCAUAGCAAUGCUUCUCCAAAAUACACUCAUCUCUGCAAAGAGGGUGCACAAUUUUGAAUGACAUUGUGAAAAGGGUCUAUACUUUUUGUUUAUGGGAUUCUUGGAUUUUAAGGUAGCUUUUUUCAACAUUUGUGAAAGGGGGGUUUGAGUUUUUUCCUUAAGCCAAAAUAAUAAGAGAAAAUGUUGCUUAGGAUGACAGUGUAAAACUUUUCCUUUCCUAUAGUUGCAUCAUGAUGCAAAAAUCGUGGCUGCAAAAAUAAAAAUUGAUUGGGAAAA